AAGUAAAAAAAUGACAAAACUCAAUUGUCAUUUCCACGUUUAUUGUUAGGUUAUGUAUGUCGUAUUGCCGAAUUUGUGUUAAUUUGUUGCCCAUUAUUAUUACUAGUGAUAAGUCGAUCUAUCUAAAAUGACAGACUUUAUAUUAAAUGACAGUGAUACUGAAGCAGAUUCAGACGAGGAGCUCCAGGAAGCUUUUGCCAAGGGUUUACUGAAGCCAGGUCUAAAUGAAGAAAUUGAGAGGGUUGAAAAGGCAUACGUUAAUAAUGUUCCGGAUUUAAAAGCAAAGUUAAAAGAAUUCAAACUGAAAUUGCCAUGGGUUGAGACAUUGGAUUUGGUGACAAGUGUCGCACCUAUGGCCCCGGACGUGGCCUUACAAAUGCAAGAUACUGCUCAGAGAAGAAAAAAUAUAAAGGAGAAUAGUAAAGGUAGCAGGGAAUAUGACCCUGCACAGGACCCUGUGUUGAACGAGUUUAAACGAGAGAACCUGAUUCAUAGACAAGCUCAAGCUGCAGUUUUAGAAGGCAUCAAGAAGCUAAAGGAACUCGGGGUCCCUACUAGAAGGCCUGAUGAUUUCUUUGCUGAGAUGGCAAAAACUGAUGAGCAUAUGCAGAAGGUCCGCAAGAAUUUGAUGGCAAAACAAGCUGCUCAAGCUCGCACUGAGAAAGUUCGCCAGUUGAGAGAACAAAAGAAGAUUGCUAAGCGUGUACAGAUUGAUGCAAAACUCAAACAGGCUGCGGAGAAAAGAGAUAUGCUAGAACAAUUGAAGAGAGUACGGAAAGGAAAAUCAACAGAUUUAGACUUUUUAGAUGAUAAUAAUAAAGGUAGCAAUAAAAAUAAAGGCAUCGAAAACAAAGUUAACAAAAGAAGAGCCAUGAAAGACAAGAAAUUUGGCUUUGGAGGGAAAAAGAAGGGUUCAAAACUGAAUACGAGAGAAUCAUCUAAUCAAAUGGAUGGCUUUAAUAGCUCUGCUAAAAAGAGACCUUUUGACUUUAAAAAUAAAUCCUUCAAACCUAAUAAUAAAAAUAAGUCCUUCAAACCUAACAAUAAGAAGAAGAAUCAGAGACCAGGAAAGUCUAAGAGAAAGAAUGCUAAAAGAUAAAGAAUUUUACUUCUAAGAAUUGAUUUUGUAAUAAAUUUGUGCCUAUUGCAA